GCCACGCGCGGGCGCCGCUUGUUGUUGUUGUGAGAGGCGGCGACGGACGGCGACGGGCGGACAACCGAGCGCUCGAGCGCCCGCGGCUGAGGUGACGAGACCAGACGAGACGCUCCCGUCGGCGGGCGGGCACACACACACACACACACCGGUCCCGCUGCAGUAUGUCUUUGAAUCCUCCUACCAGCAAUGAUGCUUGCCUGAGCAUCGUGCACAGCCUGAUGUGCCAUCGGCAGGGCGGGGAGAACGAGAGCUUUGCCAAGCGCGCCAUUGAGAGUUUGGUGAAAAAGCUCAAGGAGAAGAAAGACGAGUUGGACUCGUUGAUCACCGCCAUUACAACAAAUGGAUCGCAUCCCAGCAAAUGUGUGACCAUCCAGCGGACCCUGGAUGGCCGAUUGCAGGUCGCUGGGAGGAAAGGCUUUCCCCACGUGAUCUACGCUCGCCUGUGGCGAUGGCCAGACCUGCACAAGAAUGAGCUGAAGCACGCCAAGUUCUGUCAGUUUGCCUUCGACCUGAAGUACGACAGCGUCUGCGUCAACCCCUACCAUUACGAGCGGGUCGUCUCACCCGGGAUCGGUGAGUGGCAAAUAGGUUUGAGCCUCCAGAAUACAGCUCCACCCAGCCGGCUGGUGAAGGACGAGUUCAUCCACGAGUGCGUGCAGCUGGACUGUGCCCAGGUGAUGCCCCACGCUGAGGAACAGGCCAAUCACCCGCCCAGGACGCUGCUGCCCACCGAGCCGUACGCCCAGCCUCUGCCUCCGCCGCCCGUCCUGCCCAUCCCGGAGACGUCCAGGCCGACCGUGCACAGCUACCCCAACAUUCCCUUGUCUCCACCCCCAGCCAGCAGCUCCCUCAACUCCAUGAAUAACAGCGAGGGGCUGUUACAGAUCGCCCCGCCGCUGCAGCAGAUGGCACCCCCCCCGACGCCCCCCCCCACUGCCCCCCCUCACCCAUCGCAGCAGAACGGAUACCCUCCACUGAAGCCGCCGUACCACAAUACAACAGCGACAUGGAUGGGCAGCAGCACCGCGGCCUACAGUCCGAGCAUCGGGCCCCAGCAGAACGGCCACGGGCAACACCAACAGUCUCUCCACCACCCAAGCCAUUACUGUCAGACGUCACAGUCGGCGGUGAUGCCGUUUCUCCUGCGACACGCGGCCCCCUCUCCGCAGCCGCUCGCAGCGCACAACGGCUCUUCCCAUCACAAUGGGGCACCCUAUCAGCAGCCAAUCUCCAACCAUCCAGGCCCGGAGUUCUGGUGUUCCAUCACCUACUUUGAGAUGGACGUUCAGGUGGGCGAGAUGUUCAAGGUCCCCGCCAGCUGCCCGGUCGUGACCGUGGACGGCUACGUGGACCCGUCGGGGGGAGACCGCUUCUGCCUUGGCCAGCUCUCCAACGUACACCGCACUGAUGCCAGCGAGAAGGCCAGGUUGCACAUCGGGAAGGGCAUCCAGCUGGAGUGUCGGGGCGAGGGCGACGUCUGGAUGCGGUGUCUGAGCGACCACGCCGUCUUCGUGCAGAGCUACUACCUGGACCGAGAGGCAGGACGGGCACCCGGGGACGCGGUGCAUAAAAUCUACCCCGGGGCCUACAUCAAGGUGUUUGACCUGCGCCAGUGCCACCGGCAGAUGCAGCAACAGGCGGCCACAGCGCAGGCGGCGGCGGCGGCCCAGGCAGCGGCCGUGGCGGGGAACAUUCCGGGCCCCGGCUCGGUGGGAGGCAUCGCGCCCGCCGUCAGUCUCUCGGCAGCGGCCGGCAUUGGCGUCGACGACCUGAGGCGUCUGUGCAUCCUGCGGCUGAGCUUUGUGAAGGGCUGGGGCCCCGAUUACCCCAGGCAGAGCAUCAAACACACGCCCUGCUGGAUCGAGGUACAUCUCCACCGCGCACUGCAGCUGCUCGACGAGGUGCUCCACACCAUGCCCAUCGCUGACCCCGGCUCUGUCCACUGAUGCCAACCCACCCACCACUCCCUUCCCCCACAACUCCCCCUCCUCCAACCUCCUCC